GUGACCACUUCCCCCAAUAGGAGGUUCUCUUAUCACCGGUGUGCGUACAUCCGUACCGUUACAUGGAUCUUUUCUAAGUGUAACUGUUAUUGUAGUGUUGCUGUCGGCGCCUUGUGAAUUGUUAGCGGCAGCUUUGCGGCGCUGUUGUUGGGAGGAGAGACGGGGGAAGAUGUCGGCCAGCGCUGUGUACGUCUUAGACCUCAAAGGCAAGGUCCUCAUUUGCCGCAACUAUCGAGGUGAUGUGGACAUGUCAGAGAUUGAGCACUUCAUGGCCAUCCUCAUGGACAAGGAAGAAGAGGGCACCCUGUCCCCUAUCCUGGCGCACGGAGGAGUUCGCUUCAUGUGGAUCAAGCACAACAACCUGUAUCUUGUUGCAACAUCAAAGAAAAAUGCCUGCGUAUCUUUGGUCUUUUCAUUUCUCUAUAAAAUAAUCCAGGUGUUCUCAGAGUAUUUCAAGGAGCUUGAGGAGGAGAGUAUCCGAGACAAUUUUGUCAUCAUCUAUGAGCUUUUGGAUGAGCUCAUGGACUUUGGUUAUCCCCAGACGACUGACAGCAAGAUUCUGCAGGAGUACAUCACCCAAGAAGGGCACAAACUGGACACCGGAGCCCCUCGUCCUCCUGCCACCGUCACCAAUGCAGUGUCUUGGAGGUCAGAGGGCAUCAAGUACAGGAAGAACGAGGUCUUCCUGGACGUCAUAGAGUCUGUCAAUCUUCUGGUGAGCGCCAAUGGGAACGUACUACGCAGUGAGAUCGUGGGCUCCAUUAAAAUGCGUGUAUUCCUGUCGGGGAUGCCCGAGUUGCGUCUGGGUCUGAAUGACAAGGUCCUGUUUGAGAACACUGGCCGAGGGAAGAGCAAGUCUGUGGAGCUGGAGGAUGUGAAGUUCCAUCAAUGUGUGCGCCUCUCGCGCUUUGAGAACGACCGCACAAUCUCCUUUAUCCCACCGGAUGGAGAGUUUGAGCUCAUGUCAUAUCGUCUCAACACACAUGUGAAGCCAUUGAUCUGGAUUGAGUCUGUGAUUGAGAAGCACUCGCACAGCCGUAUUGAAUACAUGAUCAAGGCAAAGAGUCAGUUCAAAAGAAGAUCCACAGCCAACAAUGUGGAAAUCCACAUUCCAGUCCCCACUGAUGCGGACUCUCCCAAGUUUAAGACCACCGUGGGCAGCGUGAAGUGGAUUCCAGAGAACAGCGAGAUUGUGUGGUCAAUCAAGUCUUUCCCAGGUGGGAAGGAAUACCUGAUGCGGGCGCACUUUGGCUUACCCAGCGUGGAAGCAGAGGAUAAGGAGGGGAAGCCACCUAUCAGUGUGAAGUUUGAGAUCCCAUACUUCACCACCUCUGGAAUUCAGGUGCGUUAUCUGAAGAUCAUUGAAAAGAGUGGUUACCAGGCCUUGCCAUGGGUUCGAUACAUCACUCAAAAUGGAGAUUACCAGCUCAGAACCCAGUAGAAGAAGCAACAACAAACAUUUGGAAGAUCAAGGAAGCCUUUGAUGCACAUUGUAAAAAGUAUUCAUUGUUUUUUGUGUCACGAAUAUCCAAAAAUAAGGUGGGCACAAUUCCAUUAAUGGUUAGUUCUGUUUGAGGCAACGUAGAGAGUUUGCCUCUGAUUUUACGCUUACCCACCAAAUUUCAAAUGUAGCCUUAUUCCAGCUGUUUUCUCCAACUUGAAUUUGGAUGUCUUUACAGAUAACAGCUUUGUGUAAUGCAAGUAUUUGUUAAAGACAGUGUCAUGUGGAUAGUUUACAAGGCUGGAGGAAAUAGAAUACAAAACUAUAAAACAUAUAGGUCAUUAAGAAAUGAUAGUAUUACCCAGUGAAACAUUUCAAAGGAAACUGUAUAGAAUAUUGAGCAUAAAUAGGUCUGUUUCAGGUGCUAAGUAUUUUUCAUCUGAAUAAGGUGACCAAGUAUAGUACAUUGCAGUGUUAUUACUGAAUAAGGUUACUUACACAUUUUAGGUUUAAUAUCUAACUAUACUGUAAAAAUUAAAAUUUUGCCAAUCCAGUAUCUUAGGUGACUAUAUUUCUCUUGUAACUGAAUCAAAUCUUCAAUUUCUCCACAAAAGUCUGAAUUCUUUUUAUGUUUUUAUUUGGAACUAUGUCUUUUGGCUGUUUUAAACAAGUCCAUUUGCGAUGAUGUAGGCAUCGAGCCCUAAUCAGAUUGCUCCUUUAACCAGAAAUCAUUUAUGUUUUACUACACUUAGCUUCAGGCUGUGACUAACGUGCUUUAAGCCUUGUUAAAUGAAUUAAAUAAAGCAAGUGCCUGCUUGCUUGUCAAUGCUGGGGGUUGGAGGCAUUCCAACAAAACUGAAACCGAAAUAUUGAUUGGUUAUCUGGGUUCAUAAAAUCAUGAAUAAACUUUGCAAAAUCAAAUGUAUUGUAAUUCAGUCUUAACUAAUGAAUUAGCAAGUCCCUGUCAUUCUUUUAGAUGGUAUUUGUUAUAAAGUAUGCUCUUCUUUAGUUUUUGUGUGAUUUUGCUACACCGGUAUAACAUUUGUACUGUUGUUUUCGGUUCUCUGCUGGAGUAUAACUGUUAAUGGAGCUCGUCUGUACUUCAGUUACUGCAUUCAGCAAGCAUUUCAUGAAAAUAGAAUCAGACGUGAAUCUUUUGAAUUUGUAAACUAAUGUGCAUAACACCUUUUCUCUGUUAAUCAUACAUGGUUAUUUUGAACUAAAGCUGGACAUCUGAAAUUACAAUUGCAGACACAAAGAGUUGCUUUAUUACAGUAACAUGCCAUGGUUGGUGAUUUUGUUGGUUUUUUUUUGUGACCGGUAAAAAGGUAAUGUUGAAUAUGUCAACUGAACAUUUUGUUCUUACUGGCAUAAUCAUGAAACAAACUGCUAAAACUGGUUGUCUUUGUUUGGAGAAUGGCGUAAUCUUGGAGCACGGAAACAGUCCCACAGAAACUUAAAAAAGCAGUCAGUGUUUCCUUGGUAUCCCUUUUAAUCUUUCCAAAUGCUGCAGGCAACAUUUUUGCCUGUAUGUGCCCUCUACUGUAUGCUACAAUUAUAUCUUAGGCCAUCGCUGAUGUAGUUUUUAGUGAAUAAUUUGUAGGAGCUUAAGAUGGAAACCCUCAACAGCAGUGUAAUUUUCUUGCCUGUGUCUUCUUGAUCACUGUAAGAAUCAUUAAAUACCAAGCACGUAUGUGGAAUGUAUGUAGUUCAUUAAAGUAGUUUUUCAGGUAAUACUUUAUGGUCAUCUGGUUUCAUUUUUAAUAUAUGCCAAAACAAUAUUUAGUUUGUCAUUUGACAUUAUUAAGGUUCGCUGCUAAUGACCUACAGUGUCAUUGCUUGACAUAUUUCAUGAUAAUGAAUUUUUAUUAAAUGCUAUAAGGAGUGAUGUGACUUGUGUAUCUUAUGUUCUCCAACUUUUUAUGCAUAUCAUCCAUCUUUCAUGAAAUGUGUGGAACCCUGAGAAAGGGUUGGUGACCAAGCACAGACACUGCUUUGCAUGUGUUGCACAAAUUGUCAAUAUGACGCUGAUUCUUUGACCUAGAGUGAGAAAUAAAU